GCAUGGCUGCCUCCUGGUAGGGAGCAAGGCCAGUAACCAGCAGUUGAUGAGAUAACUAGCUUAGCCCUCUCUGGAAGGAUUAGGAAGAUAACAGAUGGAUUUAAAGAGUGACCUCCCAUGACAUAUUCAACAUGGAAACAGAGAACAUCAGAAAACUGAAUCAGAAACUCAGUAAAGCAGAGAAGAAAUUACGACAGAAACAGAUGAAGGCCAGAAAUACUUUACUGAAGCAUGAGGACAUUGAGUGUGUCUCUUUGCCUACAAAGAGCCUGGUUAUUGCCAACGGCGGUCUGGGUAAUGGCGUAAGUAGAAGCCAACUUCUUGCCCACUGCAGAGUUAGGAAGGAUGGUAGGAUCCUGUGGGAAGCUCCUCUCAUAAAUGCCCACCAGAAACAAAGCCGUUAUUCCUUUGUUGAAAUAUGGGAUUCCGGGUAGAAGACCAGCAAAGCAGAGAGUUUCCUAUAGAAACUCUCAAAUGGGAAAGGAGAAUAAUGUUUAGGAGAAUUUCAGCCAUAAGUAGAGUCAUCCCUCCUCUAUGUCAACUUUGUGGAAAAAGUUCCUUGGGAGGUCACAACACCUGCAGCCUUGCCUCCAGGCCUGAGAGUAAUUGAAGAUGUGGUUUCUCCUGAAGAAGAAAUGCAACUUUUGGAAACCAUUGAUUGGACGGAAGAUGAGGUCAUUCCAAACGCUCAGAAGUCUUUGAAGCACAGGAGAGUAAAGCAUUUUGGAUACGAAUUUCGGUAUGAUAACAACAAUGUGGAUAGAGACAGCCCAUUGCCUGGAGGUUUCCCAGAUCUCUGCAACGUGUUUCUUGCAAAGUGCCUGAAGUUGGGAUACAUUAAGCAGAAACCUGAUCAAUUAACUGUAAAUCAAUAUGACCCUGGACAAGGUAUCCCCCCUCAUAUAGAUACACAUUCUGCUUUUGAGGAUGAGAUAAUUUCUCUCAGUUUAGGAGCCAAGAUUGUGAUGGACUUUAAGCAUCCAGACGGACAGGCAGUGGCAGUGAUGUUGCCUCAGAGGAGUUUACUUGUGAUGAGUGGGGAGUCCAGAUACCUUUGGACCCAUGGCAUCACACCUAGAAAGUUUGAUGUUGUUCAGGCAUCUGAAGGAUGGAAAGUUGGAACUGUCUCUGCAGACAUUGGAGAUUUAACCUUAAACAAAAGAGGGAAAAGGACAUCUUUUACAUUCAGAAAAGUGAGAACAACCCCCUGCAAUUGUGAUUACCCUUCUGUGUGUGACAGCCAGUGUAAAGACACAGAGCCUGCAUUCCCUAUCAGUGAUAGUGAAGCCUCAACGCUAGAGGAAAAGUACGUCCACGAGGUUUACGAGGAAAUUGCCGGGCAUUUCAGCAACACUAGACACAGCCCUUGGCCACGAGUGGUUGAAUUUCUUAGGGGCUUACCAUGUGGAGCUGUGGUGGCUGAUGUUGGCUGCGGGAACGGAAAGUAUUUGGGAGUUGGCAGCGAUUUGUAUAUGCUUGGCUGUGAUUACAGCAAGAACCUCGUGGACAUCUGUGGACAGAAGGGGCUUCAGGCUUUCGUGGCUGACGCCCUAUCCGUGCCAAUACGAAGCGACUCCUGCGAUGCCUGUAUCUCCAUUGCUGUGAUUCACCAUUUUGCUACAGCGGAGCGAAGACUGGCCGCUCUUUGUGAAUUAGUCCGUUUGCUGAGGCCAGGUGGAAGGGCUCUCAUUUAUGUCUGGGCUAUGGAACAGGAAUACAACAAGCAGAAGUCUAAGUAUCUUAAAGAAAAAACAGCUGUCAGGGGCCAGAUGGAAGGAAUGAACAUCAACGCAUAUGACGGUGGUUGCCAAUGUUCAGUGAACCCCAGUACAAGCACAAACCAGGCAAUCCACCCCAAGCUUCCUGUGCAUACCAACAGAACUUCCUUUGACUCCCAGGACUUGCUGGUCCCUUGGCAUCUGAAAGGUGGCACAAAGAAAAAAGCAGAGUCGAACAAAUCUCAUCAACCUCUGUUGAAUUCUGCAAACUCGUGUGAACCGAGUCCCGUUUUCUGCCGGUAUUACCAUGUCUUCUGUGAAGGAGAACUGGAACAGGUCUGCAAAAACCUGGAAUGCAUAAAGAUCAAAGAGAAUUACUAUGACCAAGGAAACUGGUGUGUGGUUCUUGAAAAGCUGUAACAUUAUUUGAGGUCCUGAGAGAAAGGUGGUCUAUGAAUAAUGUAAAUAAAUAAAUAAAAUUUGAUUUGAAAUUUGAUCUAAA